AUGAUUAAAGCAGGUUAUUUCUACAAGUUGGGUUCAUAUCUAUCUAUCUAUCUAUCUAUCUAUCUCAACCUAUUUGUAUCUAUCUAUCUAUCUAUCUAUAUAUCUAUCUAUCUAUCUAUCUAUCUAUCUAUCUAUCUAUCUCAGCCUAUUUCUAUCUAUCUAUCUAUCUAUCUAUCUAUCUCAACCUAUUUGUAUCUAUCUAUCUAUCUAUCUAUCUAUCUAUGUCUGUUCAUUUUAAAUACGUUAUCCUCUCCCUUCAUUACUUGCUUUCUCAUUGGUCUUUCUUUCUUAGAUCCUCUCCCUUUAUUCCUUGCUUUCUCAUUUAUCCUCUCCCUUUAUUUCUUGCUUUCUCAUUUGUCUUUCUUUCUUAGAUCCUCUCCCUUUAUUCCUUGCUUUCUCAUUUGUCUUUCUUUCUUAGAUCCUCUCUCUUUAUUUCUUGCUUUCUCAUUGGUCUUUCUUCCUUAG